AUGAUCAUGGUUUGGUUUCUAUUUCAUCAUUUAGCCAUUUGUUUUCCACAAUGUUCGAAUGGUGGAAAAUGCACUGGACCAAACUUUUGUACCUGUACAUCAUUAUGGACUGGAUCUCGAUGUGAAACACCAUCAAACUGGGACAAAUGGAAACAAAACGCCACCACUGUGGCUGGUGGAAAUGGAAAAGGAAAAGAAUUAAAUCAACUCAGUGGUCCUCUUGGAAUCUUUAUUGAUAAAAAGAAAAAUAUUUUCAUAGCUGAUUAUGUAAAUCAUCGUAUUGUUGAAUGGAAAUAUAAUGCAAAAGAAGGACAAAUCAUUGCAGGUGGAAAUGGCAGAGGAAAUCGAACGGAUCAAUUGAAUACUCCAACAGAUGUGAUUGUUGAUCAGCAAAAUCAUUCGAUCAUCAUUGCUGAUUUUGGGAACAAACGAGUAAUUCAAUGGUUAAAUCAAAACCAACAAAUUCUCAUUGAUAAUAUUCGCUGUUGGGGCUUAGCAAUGGAUAAACAUGGAUUUCUUUAUGUUUCUGAUUUUCAGAAGAAUGCAGUAAUACGAUGGAAAAUGGGAGAAUACAACAAUGAAGGAAUUGUAGUGGCAGGUGGAAAUGGACACGGAAAUCAACUGAAUCAAUUCUAUGCUCCUACUUUUAUGUUUGUUGAUAAAGAUCAAUCUGUUUAUGUAUCAGAUGCGAACCAUCAUCGUGUGAUGAAAUGGAAAAAAGAUGCAAAAGAAGGAAAAAUUGUGGCUGGAGGAAAUGGUAAAGGAGAAAAUCUCAAUCAAUUGUCUGGAUCUCAUGGAGUAAUUGUUGGCCAUUUUGGUCAUAUCUAUGUGGUAGAUACGUGGAAUUAUCGAGUAAUGCGUUGGUCUGAAGGAAAAGAAGAAGGUGAAGUUGUUGUUGGUGGAAAUAGAAAAGGAAAUCAAUCAAAUCAAUUGAAUAAUCCCAUGGGUUUAUCUUCUGAUGAUGAAGGAAAUCUGUAUGUUGUCGAUUCCGAAAAUCAUCGAAUUCAGAAAUUUGAAAUAAUUUUGUGA